AUGCGACAGUUGAUGGAUCGAGUCGCCGAUGACCUGGGGAGAGUGCCCGGAGUGCGCGGGGAAGCGAGAAGCGUCGCGUGCGACAGCGAGUACGGAUGUAUUGCUAUGACGCUCGCGAAUUAUCGCCAGAGGCAUCGAUUGUGGCGAAGAGCGCGAAUUUGCGCGAGAGUAUCUGGCGUUCUUAAUGAAGCUACAUUGGAACAGAUGCGUAAACCGCAAUGCAGUGUCAAAGAUAUAUCGAGUGACUUGGACAAGUCUCCGAGGAAAUGGGCGAAGACGCAUCUCGCUUGGAACUUUUACCUAGCGAGCGAGAGCGUUCUACGAGUCACUGAGGUCGAGAUGUGGGCUGGUUUUCACACGUUCGUAGAUCCUCGACAUCGAGGUAGCCGAAUAUGUCCGUCGUUGCUGGACGGACCAGGAAACGUGCUAGCUCACGCUUUUUUCGGACCAUCGUCCGAAGUGUCGGAGGUGCACGUGGAUAACGCGGAGAAGUGGCAUAUCGAGCUGACCGCUAAUCCUGAUGAUACGAUUCAUCUGCUACAUACGUUGACGCACGAGAUCGGUCACGCGUUAGGAUUACAUCACAGUCCUCAGAAAAAUGCGAUAAUGUCGUUGUUACUGACGGACUAUCUGCAUUUUCUUCCCGAUAAUUUUACGCAUUUGGCAGGCGCGUUUCGACGACCCUCGGGCCAACUCGUAUUGUUCGUAGACGAUACGGUUUACAUGGCAGAAUAUCCGAGUUUUGAGCUAGUACCAGGUUGGCCAAGGAAACUGAGGGAUAUGAAUCUUCCUCCUAACGCGAAAAUCAACGCUGUAGUUAAUACUAACGCGGGACGAACGUUCGCGAUUUACAACGACGAGAUCGUGGCCGAGAUCGACGACUGCUCGAUGAUAGCCGUCAGACAUAACUCAUUGCAUACGAUAUUUCCAGAGAUUCCACCCGAUGUAACGUCCGCCGUUCGAUACAUCGACGAUAAUCUGUACUUUCUCGUUAAAUGA